GGUUUCGUUUCUGCAUCCCAGACGGCAGCGGUCUACCACAGACACGUGAAAGCCUAGACCGGCCCCGGCAGAAAUAUGGCCGCUUCACGUUUCCGGCGGAAGUUCGGGAUGCGCGUCACUCUGAAGGGCUGUUUCCGGUUCCGGCGGCGGGAGGAGAAUGGUGCGGCCUUGAGAAACGGCUGCUGGGCGGAGGCGGCGGCUGCAAAGAUGGGGGCUCAUUUGACUCGCCGGUAUCUCUGGGACGCCGAAGUAGAGCCCGACCCGCGCAAAAUGCCGACCUUCGACCCCCUGUAUGGCUUCCCGGAACGCAAGGAACGGGUGAUGAUAGCAACACAACAGCAGAUGGACGAUGCCCAGCUUCCUCUACAGCAGCGGGAUUAUUGUGCCCAUUAUCUCAUCAAGUUGAUGAAAUGCAAGCGUGACUAUUUCCCCAACAUCUUUGCAUGCAAACAUGAGCGCCAUGACUGGGAUUACUGCGAACACCUGGACUAUGUCAUGCGCAUGAAAGAGUUUGAACGGGAGAGACGCCUUCUGGUUAGAAAGAAGCGCAUUGAACAAAAGGAAAAAGCAGCAGCAGCAUCUUAACUAACUUGAGAGUGCCUCUGCAAAGCUCCUUCUGCAAGCCUUCAUGAUUCUCUCUGUGACGUUGGAAAAUAAACCUUAUCUUAUAGUUUCA